AUGGCAGACUCUGUCAGCCUCAUCGCCACGUGCACCCUGCUCACCAUUCUGCAUGCUGUGAUGGCGCCAAGGCAGGACCCGUGGAUUCUCAACGCCACCGUGCGCGACAACAUCCUUAUGGGGGCGGCGGGCGACACAGCGGCAGCAGCGGUGGACGAGGGGCGGUAUCAGCGAGCCAUAGACGUGUGUGCGUUGAGGCACGACCUCGCCAUGCUGGCCGGUGGUGACAUGGCUGAGAUCGGCGAGCGAGGCAUCAACCUGUCGGGCGGGCAGAAGCACCGAGUGGCGCUGGCAAGGGCGGUGUAUGCGCGGGCCGAUGUGGUGCUGCUGGACGACCCGCUCAGUGCCGUCGACACUCACGUGGGCCGCCACCUGUUCACGGAGUGCAUCUGUGGUGAGCUGGCGGGGACCACGCGUGUGCUGGUGACACAUCAGCUGCAGUAUGCAUCUCAUGCUGAUGUCAUCAUCGUCAUCAGAGCAGGCCAUGUGGCUGCCAUGGGCACAUUUGACGAGCUGCAGGGCAGGGGCGUGGACUUGGCACUGUGGGACGAGAAGCAGCAGGAGCUGGAUGAGCAAGGCAAGGCCACAUGGCAAGACGGCCCUGCUGCUGCUACUUUACCCGUUCUCACUACUGCGACAGCACCCGAGCCAAUUGCACGCAGCAGUGAUGCGGCACAUAGGCCCAGCAGCGGCAGCGGCAGCGGCAGCACAGGGGAUGCGGCUGGUGGAAGCACGAGCAAUAGCAGCGGUGCUUCAGAGAGUGACAACGACCUCACACGCCCACUGCUGGCUGUCUCCUCCACAUCCACACAUCCAGCAGCCAGCACCACCGCCCCUCCUGCUCGUAGUGGCAGCGCAGGCAGCAGCGGUGGCACUGCAGGGGGUGGGAAGAAGCAGAGGGCGGUGGGGCAGCUGGUGGAGGAGGAGGGGCGAGCAGAGGGCGGGGUGGCAGCAGGCGUGUACUGGGAGUACCUCAGGGCGUGGGGUGGGCGGGCGGGCUGGCUCAUGCCGGUGGCGGUGCUGGCGGUGUUUGGUGUGUCGCAGUCACUCAAAGUGGCCAGUGAUGCCUGGCUCGCUGUGUGGACCGCCAAGACCUCCCAAGGCUCCUCCUCUGCUCCCUUCUUCCUUGUACGCCUCCUGCCUUGUUGCUGCUUCUGCCUCACCCCUCUGCUCCAUUCUUUCUUAUCUUGUGACGCAUCGCACAGGCUGUGUGUUUCUUCAACCACAUUUUCUCCCCUGCCCCCUCGCUCCUCGCACCAGCUCGUCUACAGCCUCGCCACUCUGGCCACGGGGCUCCUCUCCUCCCUCCGCGGGGUGCUGCUUGCCUUGGGCUGCCUCACAGCAGCACGCUCGCUGCACUCGCGCCUGCUCGCCCGAGUGCUGCGCCUGCCCAUGGCGUUCUUUGACUCACAGCCCUCCGGCCGCCUGCUGAACCGCUUCACACGCGACAUGGAGCAGAUGGACCUGCAGCUGCCCGACACGCUGCUCUCCUACCUCUCCUGCCUCUUCCAGGUCGUCUUUGCCAUCGUGGUGAUAGUCAUCGUCACACCGCCCUUCCUCCUGCCGCUCAUCCCGCUGCUCCUCCUCUACCGCCGCAUUCAGGCCGUCUACAUCGCGGCCUCGCGUGAGCUCAAGCGCAUCGACUCGCUGGCCCGCUCGCCCAUCUUCGCGCACUUCAGCGAGACCCUCACCGGCCUCUCCACCGUCCGCGCCUUCCGCCGCCAGCGCGCCUUCUCCGCGCGCAACAGCCUCAACCUCGACCGCGCCUCGCAGGCCUACCUCGCAGCCAUGGCGUCCAACCGCUGGCUCGGGCUGCGUCUGGAGCUGAUCGGCGCGGCGAGUGUGUUUGCCACCGCGUGCUUCUGCGUCGUCGGUGGUGUUGCUGCUGCUGCUGCGGCAGCAGCGGCGGCUGGUGGGGGCAGCGGCAGCAGCACGGGCUCGUGGGCUGCUGGCUUUGCGGGGCUGGCGCUGACGAGUGCAUUGUCAAUCACGGGGUACAUGAAUUGGAUGGUCAGGAUGAAUGCUGAGCUGGAGUCGCAGAUGAACGCUGUGGAGCGCAUUCUCGAGUACACCACUCUGCCCACCGAGGCGCCAGAUGUGGUCGAAUGUCGCCGCCCGCCUGCGGACUGGCCGCAGCAAGGAGUGAUAGAGGCAGAGGGAGUGGUGGCGAGGUACCGCCCGGAGCUGCCCCCCGUGCUGAAAGGACUCACCUUCUCGAUUAGAGCAGGUGAAAAAGUGGGCGUGUGUGGUCGCACGGGCAGCGGAAAGACGACGCUAACCAUGGCGCUGUAUCGAAUAGUGGAGCUGAGUGCAGGGAGGAUAGUGAUCGACGGUGUUGAUGCUGCGAGCAUUGGGCUGUGGGACUUGCGGUCGCGCCUCUCCCUGGUGCCACAGGACCCGGUGGUCUUCUCCGGCACCAUCCGGUGGAACCUUGAUCCCUACACUGCUGUUGAAGGGGCCGGAGGAGGGGAGCAGGAAGCGAGGAAUGGGUGGAAUACGGAGGGGAAGGGCAAUGGUGGAAGGGUGCGAGGGGAUGUGGAGUUGUGGGAGGCGCUGACGCAAGCCGGCGUGGCGGAUGCGGUGAGGGCGUUGCCAGGUCAGCUCGACGCUGAGGUGGCGGAGGGUGGUGGCAACCUGAGUGUGGGGCAGAGGCAGCUGCUGUGCCUGUCACGCGCACUGCUGAGGCGCUCGCAUGUGCUUGUGUUGGACGAGGCUACAUCGAAUGUGGACACAGCAACAGACGCGGCGGUGCAGGCAGCGGUGAGGGGAGGGGCGUUUGCAGCGUGCACAGUGAUCACCAUCGCCCACCGCCUGCACACCAUUGUGGACUGCCACCGGGUCAUGCUGCUCGAGGAUGGACAGGUGGCAGAGCUUGAUUCGCCGGUGGCGCUGCUGCAGGAGAGGACGUCGAGGUUCUCAGCGUUUGUGGAUGCCACCAUGCCAAGAGAAGCUGCUGCUCUGCGCCGAAUUGCUUCGGCAAAGUCUGUGGCGGCGAGCAAGGGAUGA